AUGGAGAACAUUUUGCCACCCGUCCGUCCGUCCCUGUCAGUCAGUUCGAUGAAAUGGAAAAAUGAGAGAAGCGUGCUGGGAAAGGAAAGAAGAGGAGGCUCAUGCAACUUCCAAAACUGCGAGGAGUUAGCGAGAGGCGGCGUGUGCUCCUCUUGUUCAAGAGUGGCCUCUAAGGAAACACUGAGCGCGCGGGAAACGAGAACUUUGUUACUAUUGCCAAACAUACACAAAGGAAUAUAG